AGCAGAAGUUGCACAAUUUUCCAAGCAAAUCUCGCUAUUAAACUCCGUCAUCAUAACAAACGCCUCCACUUUCUGCCGCGAAUUCAACAGACCCAAACCCUAACGAAGCUCACACACACGCAUAUAUGUGUGUAUAUAUAUAAUAAACCGUUUCUAUUUUCUCUCUCUUCGCAGUGCAGAUUGAUAAUGAAGAAGCAGACGAAGAGCUUUCUCUCUCCUACCUCUAUGACUCCGAAACCCUAAUUAUAACUAGAGAGGAAAAAGUUGUAUGGAACUCUUUACUUAGAGCUUUGUUAGUUUUUGGACGAUUCUUUUCUUGGAAACUUGAGCCUAUUUAUUGUAUACAAGUGGGCAUGGGGUCAGCUUGUUGUGUUGCUGCAAGGGAUAGAGCGCUGCCCAGCAGAAGCGGUGGUGAAACAUUGAAUAGGAAUGUUGUUUAUUCACCUUCAUGGAGUUCCCACUGGGAUAAUAGAAGUCGCGUGGCAGGGGAAAUUGAGAAUCAUUCAUAUAGGUUUUCUCAUGAAAUCAGUGGGGAUGGUAGCAUGGAGAUGAAAGGUGAAUUAAGUUCCGAUAGGGGUAAUUUUUCUGUUGGGGGAAGCCCAUUAGAAAGUUUCAGAACUCCCUUGUCUCAGAAGUCCCCAGUUCAUGAAACGCAGGUUGCAAAUCUAAUAACUCCUUGUUCAGAUUUACCAGUGGCAGGAAAUGAUAGUAUCGAGGUACAGUGCUCCACCGACUCACCAGAAAUUGAAAAUACAUCUGCACCUGAGAUCUCAUAUUCUGUACCGUCAAGCUCGUCUUUCUUACCGCCAACUGCAGAUCCUUUGUACUCCCAAACUCGCUCUCUUCCUGCCAACUCCACCCGAUCAAGACGAGCCCGCCGUUCACCAGGGCACCAGCUUUUAAGGCAAGUUUCAGAUAGUCAAAUCCUGGGGUUGAAAUCGCCAGUUUCUGAAGGAAGACCAUCUUUUGUACUUUCCACUUGCAGUAAUGAUUUAGCAACUGGAUCCCAUUGUGGGUCUUCUGACGGCUGGUCCAUGCGCACGUUUUCUGAGCUUGUGGCCUCUUCUCAAAGGGAAAGGUGGUCCUUCGACAGUGAGUGUGUGGGCUUUGGCAGUGGCAAGUUAGGUGAAUCUAGCAGCAGGUUUUCAUAUUCUCCCUCCAUUGACACGCAAACUUGUGGAGCCUGCUCGAAGGCAUUGGUGGAGAGAUCUCCAUGGAGCAGCCAGAAAAUUAUUGCCGGUAAUGAGCUCUCAGUCGUUUCUGUGCUGGUUUGUGGGCAUGUCUACCAUGCAGAAUGUCUGGAGGCUAUGACACCCCAAGCGGACCAGUAUGACCCAUCGUGCCCAACUUGUACAAUUGGAAAGAAGCAAAUGUCAAAAAUGUCCAAAAAGGUUCUAAGGGCGGAAGCAGAGCUGAAACCAAGAAACAAUAAGAUAUCAAGGAACCGAGUCAUGGAUAGUUAUCUGGAUGCUGGAUUUGAUGUUCUUGAUCGUCGGAAAAAUAUAGAGCGAGAAGGAAAAGUUCCCAAGAUGGAACCCAGUUCGAGUGGAAGGAGCUCCUUCGCAAAGCCAUUCUUGAGGCGACACUUUUCUCUUGGAUCCAGGUGGAACAAUAGAUCCCUGUCAGAGAACGACCCUUCUAGGAAGAAGUGGUUUUGGGCAAGGUCUCACAAGGAUUGAGCUCUCCAUUUAAUAGGAGUCAUUUCUCUCUGUCUGUCUGUCUCAUGACAAGUGUUCAUGAAUUCUUAAGAAUGUAUUACAGCUUUGCUAAUAAUUCAGUAUUAUUCCUCAUUCCAGAAA